CGAUUCCUUAAUUACCUUACCUCACGGACCUCACACCCCCCAUUUCAGCCAGUCCUCGUUUCCCUCCACUCUCGGGCUGCACCGUGAAUUGCUCCAUCGCCCACCUAGCCCAUCCAUUUUGUUGUGAGAUUCCUCAGUUACUGCCUAAUACCGCCACCAUGGCCCCUCGACAUGAGCAGAGCCAAUUGAAGCGGGCUGCCGGCUCACCUGCCGAGAACGAGAUUGACUCGUCCAAGAGAGUGCGCCGAUCCGAGCGACUGUCAUCACAGCACAAGGAUCACAAGAAGACCCCCGUCGAUACCAAGCAGCAGCUUCCCUCGCCAGUCACGCACCUCUCCGCGGACGACUCCAGUACGCUCUUUAAGGAGGGCACCGCGACGCCGCCUGAAGGUCGACAGAGCCAGGUUCUUCCCCGAGGAGAGGAGGCUUACUCCCAACUGCAGGCCUUCUCGCAGGGCUUCUCCUCACCGCCGCAGGAUACACAAGCGUUUCCCUCGCAGGUGGUCGACCCGAACGAGCCAUAUUCGAAAGAAGUCAAGGAUGAGACCAAAGAGGGCGUCUGGGGAUACCUAUUCCCCUUGAACACCAGGUAUGGCGGCAAGUGUGUGGUCAUGAAGAAGAGAGCUGCCUGUCCGCUGCCGGAAUCGGUGGAAGAUGCCGUACCAAAGAGGAGAGGCAAGAAGGCCCUGAAGAAGGAGGAAAUCGAUUACGAGGAGAAGAAGGUCAAAGGUGUUCCAUCAGGAGGCUACCUGAUAGGACGUCAUCCCGAGUGUGACAUCGUUGUGGAUGACCCUAGCGUCUCCAACCGUCACUGCUUAAUCUUCACAGAGAACAAGUCCCACGGCCCUGUUACCAUUGUAGAGGAUCUGUCUAGCAACGGCACGUUCGUGAACGAGGCCAUCAUCGGACGAAACCAGCGGAGAGAGUUGAAGGAGAACGACGAGGUUGCAGUGCUCGAUAAGGCCCGCUUCAUUUUCAAGUACCCCAAAUCCCGACAGACCAGCCAGUUUCUUCAGCAUUACACCUUACUGGGGCAGCUUGGCAAGGGCCACUUUGCUGAGGUGUUCCUCUGCGUCGAGAAAGCCACGGGUCAGAGAUAUGCGGUCAAGAUCUUCACCAAGACGCCCGGGAUGGAGGAGCGGUCGAAGACGGAUGGGCUCCAACAAGAAAUUGCUGUGUUGAUGGGCGUUAGUCACCCCAACGUACUGUGUCUGAAAGAUACCUUCGAUGAGAAGCACGCCGUCUUCCUUGUGCUCGAGCUCGCGCCAAAGGGUGAGCUGUUCAACUUCAUCGUCUUGAAGCAGAAACUUUCCGAGGACGAGACAAGGAAGCUGUUCACUCAACUCUUCCAGGGCAUCAAGUACCUGCAUGAUCGAAACAUUGUUCACCGAGACAUCAAACCGGAGAACAUUUUGAUGGUAGACGAUGAGCUCCAUGUCAAGCUCGCUGACUUCGGCCUCGCCAAGAUCAUUGGCGAGGAGUCGUUCACCACUACGCUCUGUGGUACUCCGAGCUACGUGGCGCCGGAGAUUCUGGCUGAUGGCAAACAUCGAAAGUACACCAAGGCUGUUGACGUCUGGUCGCUUGGUGUAGUGAUGUAUAUCUGUCUGUGCGGUUUCCCACCAUUCUCGGACGAGCUGUACUCGAAAGAGUUUCCAUACUCGCUUUCGCAACAGAUCAGAGGGGGUAGAUUUGACUAUCCGUCUCCGUACUGGGACCCAGUCAGCGAUUCUGCUCUUGAGCUCAUUGACUGUAUGCUUGUCGUCGAUGCUGAAAAGCGCUACACGGUGGAUCAGUGCCUGGCUCACCCUUGGAUGACCAUUUCCAAUCCUGGGGUCAACGACAGCACGGACGGCCUUGUGGGCGGUCUUGCCGGGCUCGAAGUGAACCGACGUGGUGUCGUUCGCGAGCGCACUCUUCUUUCCAGUAUCAACUCUAUCCAAGUCACCCAGAUACCUGGCACAAAUGGGAAAGAUUCUGUCGAAGUAUACAAGAAGAACCCUCACACACAUCCCAUAGAGGCUCGGCCCUUCGACGAUAGAAAUCCGGAGGAGUUUGUGGCCAUGGGUGGCAAAGGCGAUCAGCAGCUCUACGACAACGAGAGGAGCCAUUACAGCAAGAAUGACAUUCCUGGACAGUCGACUUCCGGGCCUGCAACGGCGUCGGCGCCUAACGGAUUUGGCAACCAUGCAGCCAAGUCGAAGGCAAACAAGGGAAAGACCAAGGGAAGUAAGCCUUAGUAUGGCAACGUUCCGACUACUCUGACGGCGCGCUUCCGACAGGCUUCGCUCGGGGACUCGUUUGAAAUGGAGUUUUGACGUAUGCGUCGUCCACAAAUUGUGGUGAUUGCGGAACUUUGUUCGCGAGGUACGAUUUAUUGUUGCGGCCGACGUCUUCACGGAAACGAUACUGUGUUUUCAUUAUUGCAUUUGUCACAAAGCUGAUUUCAAGUCUUUGCGCGAGGGAUAUGCGUUAAGAGUUUCGCGCAAUGUUUUGGUGGGAAAUCAUUCCAAGAUGCUUGAAGGAUUACUGUUUCUGAUAGGAGACAGACAAGGUGCGGAAAGGGUGUUAGGUACAGAGCUGUGCAUGUCUUAUUUUGUGUUAUGGACCGCCAUUGUUCAUUUGUAUGGCAGAAAAGCACGGGCGUUAGGGUGUCGAUUGCCAUCUAAUGGAUCGCGGCAGAGUUUACCUCAGCAAGGCAGAUUCCAUAGACAUGGCGUGAAGUGCUAAUACAUGGCACUUCG